AAAAAAAAAAAAAAAUAGUCCGCUUCCAAGCGAGAAAGCGAGAGGCCGACGAGAGCAACGAUAGCUUAACUGGCUAACUCCACGAGUGGAACUAACUGCGCCCCAGCCGCUAGCAUGGCCGACAACGACAAAGUGGACAACCAACGACUGAAGAACUUCAAGAACAAGGGUCGGGAUUUGGAGUCUAUGAGAAGACAGAGGACUGAGGUAGUAGUGGAGUUGCGAAAGAACAAAAGAGAUGAGCACCUCCUCAAGAGAAGAAAUGUGCCCCACGAGGACAUUUGCGAUGAUUCGGAUGUGGAUGGAGAUUUCAGAUCGCAAAAUACCUCUCUUGAAGCAAUAGUGCAAAAUGCCACCAGUGACAACCAGGGCAUCCAGCUGAGUGCUGUUCAGGCUGCUAGGAAGUUGUUGUCCAGUGACCGGAACCCCCCCAUAGACGACCUGAUCAAGUCUGGGAUCCUUCCUAUUCUGGUUCACUGCCUGGACAGAGAUGAUAACCCUUCCUUGCAGUUUGAGGCAGCCUGGGCUCUGACCAACAUAGCGUCUGGCACUUCAGAGCAGACCCAAGCUGUGGUGGAGUCCAAUGCUGUGCCGCGCUUUCUUAGGCUGCUUCACUCCCCUCAUCAAAAUGUGUGCGAGCAAGCGGUCUGGGCUUUGGGCAACAUCAUUGGUGACGGCCCGCAAUGCAGAGACUACGUGAUCGGCUUGGGUGUUGUCAAGCCGCUGCUGUCUUUCAUUAGUCCCUCCAUCCCCAUCACCUUCCUCCGUAAUGUCACCUGGGUUAUGGUCAAUCUGUGUCGUCAUAAAGACCCCCCGCCGCCCAUGGAGACAAUCCAAGAGAUCCUGCCAGCUCUGGUUGUGCUUAUCCACCACACUGAUGUCAGUAUUCUAGUUGACACGGUGUGGGCUCUGUCCUAUCUGACGGAUGCUGGGAAUGAGCAAAUCCAAAUGGUGAUUGAUUCUCUCAUUGUCCCUCACCUGGUCCCACUGCUCAGCCACCAGGAGGUCAAAGUCCAGACCGCUGCUCUGAGGGCUGUGGGCAACAUUGUGACUGGAACAGAUGAGCAGACGCAGGUGGUGCUCAACUGUGAAGCGCUCAACCACUUCCCCGCUCUCCUCUCACAUCCUAAGGAGAAAAUUAACAAAGAGGCGGUGUGGUUCCUGUCAAACAUCACAGCAGGAAAUCAGCAGCAGGUGCAAGCCGUCAUUGACGCCAAGCUAGUCCCCAUGAUCAUUCACCUGCUCGACAAGGGUGACUUUGGAACCCAGAAGGAAGCAGCUUGGGCCAUCAGUAACCUCACAAUAAGUGGGAGGAAAGAUCAGGUGGCACAUCUUAUCGAGAAGCAGGUCAUCCCGCCAUUCUGCAACUUGCUCACGGUGAAGGAUGCCCAAGUGGUGCAGGUGGUCCUGGACGGCCUCAGCAAUAUCCUGAAGAUGGCUGACGACAAGGCUGAGACUAUUGCUAAUCUUAUUGAAGAGUGUGGAGGUUUGGAGAAAGUGGAGCAGCUGCAGAAUCAUGAAAAUGGAGAUAUCUACAAGCUAGCAUAUCAAAUUAUUGAUCAGUUCUUCUCGUCCGAUGAUAUUGACGAAGACAACAGCCUGGUACCAGAAGCUAUCCAAGGUGGAACGUACGGCUUCAACUCCGCCAAUGUGCCAGCUGAGGGAUUCCAGUUCUAGACGCCAUCCGGGUUAUUCUGGAGUUUUGUUCAUGAUGCAGCACUCUGUUCAACAUAAACAAAAUUAGGCGAGAGAGAGAGAGAGAGAGCGCGAGAGAGAGCGAGAGUGUGAGAAAUUGAUCCAUUGUGCUUGGCUCGUGGGAUCCAUGGCUGCAUCUUAUCUGGAAGAAAAUUGUGUGGAUUUCAUUUGGCAUUCCCAGGGGAAAGCAGCCCAAAUGAAGUUUGAGUUGGCGAGUGGGUGCGAGUGAGAAUGAGUGGCUACAUGUUGCAAAAGAACCAAAACAAAUAUCCAAACCAAGCAAAAAAAAAAACACCUACAUUGAAAUGUGUCGAAAGACACGGUGACGUGACAACUUCGACGACUCGAUAUCCGCACGAGGAGAACCAACAACACAACAAUGAACUCUUAAUUAUGAACAGAGAUGAAAGAAGCAAUCAUCACAACGCUAGAGGGUGCCACCUUUCCCCAAACUGCCACGCUAUCAGACGUGUGUGAAUGGAGCCUGCGUAUGAAUGUCUGGACUCAGCGCUGAGGAGCCAGGUUCAUCUCCUCUCUACAAGGACGUCCUGACGGGACACCCUUCUCCUCUCUUCCCCGGGGGGGCGAGGCCAGGAGUCCGGCUGCGUGUCACAUGUGCGAGCGAGCGAGCGAGAGAGAGAAUGGGCGGAUGGGUUGUGUGUGCGUGACUGGGAGUGUGCGAGGACGCAUGCAAGAGACGGCAGAGAUACAAACGCGACAUCUUGAGCAAGGAAAAUGAGAAAGAAAUCCGGCCUGUGAGGCUGAUCCCUAACAUCCCUGAAAGGAAGAACUUUGGAUAUGGGAAGGAAAAAAAAAAAUCAUUGCAAGGAAUAUUUUUGUUUUCAAUUACUUAGUUGCUAUUAAUUGACACUGGACUUUGCCAAUGGCAGAUGCACAGAAGUGGUGCAUUCUAUUAUGAAGAUGCAUUUGCUGGCUUGGAGGCUUUUCUUUUUGCCUCUGGCGUGUUCCUUUUUACCCCCCCCCCCCCCCAGGUUUUAUUUUCACGGCUUCUGUAAAGGCGAUCAAUAUGACACACCCUCACGUCACGACCCCAAAGCUAUGUCACAGCAUACAGGCUUGACGCUGUGAAAUUGACACCAUGGUUGUUAGAAAACAAAAUGAUCUGCUUAGUUUUAAGUACAGCAAAACUCGCCGCUUUGCAGUUUUGUUGCCAUAGCGUUGACUUAUCAUGAAAGGAAGAAGUGAACAAUUUCCAUUGUCAUGUAGGAUUGUGAGUCUCAUAAACCUUGCAUGUACUUAAUGAUGACACAGUUCCUUUUUUUUUAGGGUCUUUUAGUUUCCUUAGCCUGUGGAUACAGUGUAUUUUUUAUUUGAAGUAAACUGUGCUUAAAUGUUA